AUGGCGAAAUUGACCGUGGAUUUCCUUUUCUUUCGGCGCUUGUGGGUCUUGAUGAAGAUCUUAUUCCCUUUUAAUCGUCGUCAUUCUUCACUGAAGUCAACAAUUUUUUUGGCAGCUUUUGUGGUUGUAGUGGCAGCAGUUGACCAAGUUACUACAUUUUAUAUUGGUAUAUUGCCGAGCAAGUUUUAUGAUGUCCUUGGGAAAAGGAACAGUGGGGGUUUCCGUUCACUUGCUGUUCAAGCUAUCUUGUGCAUUAUAGCGAAAUCUUCGUCUCUGUCAGCUUUUAAGUAUGCUACGUCUAGUUUGUUUUUGAAGUUUCGCGAAACAUUGGGUUAUACAUUACACCGACUUUAUUUCAAACGCCAUGCAUAUUAUCGCUUGAAUGUGCUUGGUGAAGAAUUUGAUAAUCCUGAUCAAAGAAUGACUCAGGACGUAGAAAAAAUGGCUAGAAUUUUAACACAGGAUCUCUUUGCUCCGAUUCUGAUGGCACCGUUUAUACUUAUUUAUUACACUUACCUUACGUAUGAGAGUACUGGGUUGCUUGGGCCUUUUGCAAUUUAUUGUUACUUUAUUUUGGCAACACUAGUUAACAAACUAUUGCUUUCUCCCAUUGUGCCGCUUGUAAAUGAACAGGAGAGGAAAGAAGGGGGAUUCAGGUUGAGACAUCAAGAAGUUCGUGCAAAUACGGAGUCGAUUGCGUUUUACCAAUCAGGUCUUUUCGAAAACGUCAUGAUGAAUAAAAAGUUGAACGCAUUAAUACAAGUGCAAAAGAAACUCGUUGAUUGGAGACUUGGUCUUGCAUUGGCUACAAACUUCUUUGAUUACUUCGGAUCCACUUUGAGUUAUUUCCUCAUUGCUAUCCCAAUAUUCGUCACGAAUUCUUACGAAACUGCUGAUUUGCCGAGCGUGAUCAGUCGGAAAUAUAUAAUUUUUCAGAAUGCCUUUUUUAAUCUAUAUUUGAUCUACUGCUUUUCAACGUUGGUAAAACUCUCAGAAAGUUUCGGUGACAUGGCUAUAGUCACUCACCGGGUAAUUGGGAUCUACGAGGAGUUGGUUCGCCUGCAUGUCGAUCGACUAGAAACAGAACGACCACCAUCUACGGUCCCUUCUUCUGUCGUUGUAAUUGCUUCAGACGAUAGCAGCGAUAAGCAUUGUGACCAACCUGUGAAGAGGAUUGAGGAGCUUCAUGGGAGGCAGGGACGUGCUUUAGAAUUAGACUCUGAUGACGAAGAAAUAGAAUAUCUUUUGCAGAGAACUGAAUGUGGCCGUGAUAGAGAUGAUCCCGAGUGGUUAGAUGAUGGAGUUGCAAUAACUAUGGACUCUGUUACUAUUGCGCCUCCUGGAGAUCCAUCGGUUCCACUUGUGUCAGGCAUGUUUACUUGCACGGUGCUUUUCAAGUCUCGCUUAAUUAUUGUUCAGAUUAUUCAAGGGAAAAACGUAAUAAUAACGGGUAGCAGUGGCGUUGGUAAAACUGCGUUAUUUAGAGUUUUUGCGGGACUGUGGAGCUGUAUAUCUGGGAAGGUGGAAACGCACUGGAAGCUUCGCUCUUCAGUCCUGCUCUUUUUGCCGCAAAAAGCGUACUUCCCAAGUGGAGGAUGCACAUUGCGACAACAGUUGGUCUAUCCUUUGAAGGCUUUACCAAUUGAAAAAGAAAUGGUCAGUCUGACGCAAAUAUUAGAAUGGGUUAAGUUAGAACAUUUAAUUGAAAGAUGUGGCGGAUUCGACAACCCUGUUGAUUGGGAUUGGAUGGAGGUCCUUUCUCCGGAAGAACUUCAAAGGCUUUCUAUUGGUCGAAUUUUGUAUCAUAGACCUCGUAUUGCCUUUAUGGAUGAAGCUACUAGUGCUUUAGGCUACGAAAUAGAAAUGGCAAUUUAUAGGCUGCUUAAAGAAGAGCAGAUAACAUUUGUGUCGGUCUCGCAAAAAACCUCCUUGAAGCAGUUUCAUGAUUUGGAGCUACACUUAAGUGGUCACGGCGAAUGGACGCUGAAAGAAAUUGAUGCUGCAAGUCUCAAUAGUCAUACUGCAAGUUUGAUUAGCAGCCAGGCGAUUUUAUCUUUAUGA